CUCACCCUGGCAAUGGGUCUGUGUGGGCCCCAUGCUCUGGGCUGGUUCCCUGUGCACCCCACAGCAAGUGUGGUCAGCAAGCUGCAAUCCCAGCACCCCAACACCCACCCUGCAGCAGAUAGACACCUUUUGUCUGCCUGUUCAGGGCACUCACCCUGCAAAGCUCCAUCUCUCAUCCUUCUCUAAACCCUCUGCCUAGGUGUGCCCCUUCUCCCUCCAGCCCCUCACAAAGCUUUGGCAAAGGCCCUUCAACUUCUAGACCCUGGCUUCCACCAGGGCUUCAACCACAGCAAUUAGCAGCUGCCAACCAGCACCUGCAGCCAGGCUGCUCAUCAGAUAAAUUGGAUGGAGGUGGGCUGGCUAUGGUAGUAGGGUUUGUGCUGCUGUGGGCAGAGGUGCCUGCGACUGCCUGGGUUUGUGCACUGCCAUGGAGCCUCAGCUGGCCAAAGCUGCUGGCAUCGUCCCACACUAUCCGGCCCAGCACCCUCCCACCCUGCAGAUGGUCAAGGAGGCACUGCGGGCCCACGAUGCCAGGAAGGGUGCCUCUGUGGUUGCCAUCAAGCGUUUCAUCCUGGCCAAGUACCCCACCGUGGACCCCAUCCGCCUCAAGUACCUGCUGAAGCAGGCACUGAGCAAGGGGCUGAGCUGCGGGGACCUGGUGCGGCCCCACAACUCGUCUGCUGUGGGGGCCACGGGCACCUUCAAGUUAGCACGCAAGAAACCAGGGCACAAGCAGCAGCUGGGCCAGGCAGAUCCUGACAGAGGAGAGGCCCCAAAGCCAGGACAGAAAGGGACCACCACGGACCCCCAGGCCCCCGUGGCAGGAGCACGACCGCGAGGUGCCACCAAGCAGCAGCCGAAGGCGAAGCCCGUGAAGGCCCAGCCACGAGCAGCAGAGAAGCCCAGGAGCAAUAGAGCGAAGCAUCCCCAAACUGCUGACCGGCCCCAGGCUCAUGGCCCGGGGCCUUCAGGGCCCCCAAAAGCUGCUGGCCCCCGCCAGGCCCCCCGAAAAGGACGCUCAGCACCCAGCACAGCUCGGGCUGCUGAGAACGCAGGAGGGAGCGAUAGUGACAGCGACAGCUCUGGAAGUGCUGGGGUGAAGGGGCCCCAGAAGGUCCCCCAGGGAAAGAGCAAGGGGAAGGUGCCCAAGAGGGCACAGCAGGAUGCCCCCAAGGCACGGGGAGGACAGGAUAAGGCGAAGAAGCCCCGGGUGACUGCAGGAGCUGGGCAGGGGAAGGCCAGGAUGAAGAAGGCAGCCCCUGUGGCAGCAGACAGAAAGACUCCAUAGGGAACUUGGCCCUGCUUCAGCUGGCCCCAGACCCUUGGGGUCUGUGCUGGUCUCAGUCCCUAGGACAGGUUUUAACUUUGCGUUCUCCUCAUCCUAAUAAAGCUUCUUUACUUGCCUCAUGAAA